AUGAAAUUCACAACCACCACGAUCCUGGCCACCGCUAUAUUAGCAGGCAGCUCUCUCGCUGCUCCUCGCAGCGGCUUGGUUGACCGCCUGCAGGCCCGUGGCGCUCUGUCACGCCAGUCACUACCCGCCGAAAAGAAGGGCGUUCUGCUUAAGGAAGGAACCGAGGGAGUCAAUGUUCAAUACAGCAAGAACUGGGCUGGGGUGGUGCGCGAGAAGCCACCCGCCAGUGCUACCUACACUGCUGUGUCUGCAACAUUCACCGUCCCCGAGCCAACGGCCACCGAUGACUCUGGGGAUAUGCAGGCUGUGUCCGCCUGGGUCGGUAUUGAUGGCGACACUUACACCAAGGCCAUUCUGCAGACUGGUAUCGAUGCCUAUAUCCAGGAUGGCCAACAGACAUUUGAUGCCUGGUACGAGUGGUAUCCAUUAGGUGCGGAGAACUUUGACCUUGCAUUGUCCGCAGGCGACGUUAUCGUCGCGAAGAUCGAGUCAUAUUCGCCCAGCAAUGGUGCUGCCAUCAUCGAGAAUAAGUCAACCGGCCAGAGUGUUACCAAGACUCUGUCUGCACCCUCGACCUCUGCCACCCUUGCUGGCCAAAAUGCCGAAUGGAUAGUUGAGGACUUCAACACCGGUGACAGCAUGGUUCCCUUGGCCAACUUCAACCAAAUCGACUUUACCGGCGCCCAGGCCGAGGCCGGUGGUGCGAAGUAUGGUGUCGAAAACGCUGCCGUUCUGGAUAUCCAGCAGAAUGGGGACGUGAAGGCCCAUGUGGAAAUCCGGAGUGACACUGAGUUCUCCGUUACAUACCAGUAA